AUGGAGAAGGUCGCCUCCAAUACUGUCGCGCAUUUCUUCGAUGACGUCCUGCCCGACAACGUGCGCCAGACAUCCGAUAAGGAUGAGCUUCCUCCGCUCGGCUCACAUCACAGUGUUAUCGCUGAAUCAGGAGCUGCUGUUAGCGCAGAAAGUAGCGCUCACUCUGCAUUCGCUCCUCCGGGGAUUUGUCCAGGUGGAGCAAUGCCAAUUCACAAUGUGAAUUCACUUUCUGUUUCUACAAAAUCUGAUAGAACUGGACGGAGCCUGAGUGACAUUCUGAACGAUAUCGAUAUUUCUGAUGAAGAAAGCAAGCCUGAAGUGAUAUGUUUGCACGUUGCGCUCGGCAAUAGAUAUUUUUUGGCGCUUAACCGCAUUCCCUCGAAAUAUAAUAUUGGUUCCGUAGAAUGCCAGGAACUGAUUGAGAAAUUGAUGACCGCUCCUUGCAAAAAGUUCACGUAUGGAAGUGUAUACACGUCAUCUGUGAACAGUUGGACCAUUCUUUGGGGUCCUGAGCGACUACAGGAGCUCACAACGUUGGCUAUUCAAUCCACUGUUUGUGCAGCAUUGAAUUCACGAUACCCACUGCAGUGGGUUUUUGGUGUCGGAGCAGACCGCAAGGUUGUUGGAUGUCUUUUGUCAGAUGACGAACGUGAUACAAUACGUCAAGCAUUCGAUUUUAGUAUAGGAUCUGGUUUCUUACCAGCCUUAGCGCCAGAUAUUGUUGAACUGAAUUUUCACGUCGUAGGUAGCGACUCAAAUGAAGACAGAGACCGCUAUCUGGUUGAAAUCUUCAUCAAAGACAAAGUUUGCACGAUCCAGUGUUUCAAAUUAGGAGUGGAAUAUUUAUCUUAG